GGGAGCGCUUUGAGUGCGGUCAUUGCACCAAUUCACUGGGGGCUUUAACAGUAACACCCGCUCGCGUCUUCCCCACAGCCUCAUAACUCUCCCGACCUCUUCUACUCCGCUACCACUUGACAUGUAGUUAUUCCAUGUUCAUUUGUCCUGCUUAGAUCUUCUCGACAGAGCUCCGAAUCAAAGCUUUCAGGUCAGAUACGACGCGAGCUUCACCUCGCGCCCGCCCUGCUCGCGAUGGCUCCUCCAGCCUCGAGCAACCGGCGAACCUCCACUCGUCAAGUGCGCACGAGCACAACAAGACCUUCAAACUACUAUGCGCGACCCUUUGGUCCUCGAGGAUCCUUGGGAAAUGCCGAUACGCCUCCCGCUAAUACUGCUCCCGGGUUCUGCCCAGCAAUCACUCACUUCACAGACUCAGUCGCGGCUUUGCCGAAGGAGUUGAUCAAGCACUUCUCGAUGCUGAAAGAGGUGGAAGCAAAGUCUCACGAACCAGAGAAACAUGUACAAAAGAUUUUUGAAGAGAUCGCACAUAUGCCGGUACCGAACCGAUCGCAAAGCUACAAGACUAAGCCGCAAUCCGUUGAUGGAAACGUUCCUAUGAGUGCUGCCCCCAGUGCUACGGGAUCCAUGCAGCAGGAUAUGAUCGCCCAUCACCAACAACUUCAGCUCGAGCUAUAUCCAGCAAAUUUUGAGAGUCUCCCACCAGAGGAGCAGGCAGGCCUCAAGCGCCGGCAGAUCUUCUUCCAAAUGCGCUCACUAAUAGGUCAAAUGAUCCCCACCCUGGACGAAAAGAUACACGUUCUCUCCUCUGCAAAUCAAACCUUGAGCAAAGGUCUCGUUCGCAUGAAUAGCUCCUACGUACACCUUGGUGAGGAGAUCUCCGACGAAGCUCGCUUUGGCAGUACAACACACUGGGCCUAUAUUGACAAGGUGGAAAAAACCAAGGCGGCCGCGACGGAGCGCACAAGGAGAGACGUAGCCGCGACAAACGUCAUGGCUGCUGCCGCAACAGCGAUGCAGGAAAGUGAGAUCGCAUCGAGAAGCGAGGCAAGACGCGAGGCCAUGCUGUCUAAAAGAGCUCGCAAUCAUCACGUCGACUCUGAUUUUGAUGACAGGCCUCCACCGAAGAAAGUCAAUACUGGCAAGGCGCGAAAACCGGCAGAUGAGAAUAAAGUAAACGGCCUUGGUAUCACGAGUGUGGCAGCUCCCAAGAAACGGAAGACAGAAAAAGCGCCUGCGGGCGGUGAGGUCAUGCAACGCUCUAUGAGCACGGCCAUAAAGUCCACAGCCAGUGCCAAAACUGGCGGCAGUCCUCGAGAAACUCCUGCAGAAGGACCUAAAAAGCGUGCCAGGGCACCACCAACAUCUUCUGCGCCCGUCAAGAAAAGAGCUCCUGGUGUCGCAGCAUCUCCCAUGCAAUCUCCAGCCCUGACCACCUUUAAAGACUUCGGUUCCGAACGUCCACAAUCUACAAGAGGACGCAGAGGUUCCACGCCAACCUCACAUGCCUCAGUCGUCGAGCAAAUCCGCGAACGACGCUCCCCCUCAAUCGACUCUAGUCGCGGCAAAGACAGCGCCGGCGGGCGUGAUUUGCGCAAAACCAUCACAGCAGCACUGCCCAAAAGCGAAGCCGCCCCGUCAAAGAAAGACGAAACCACACCGACAAUGGCAGUUCAGAAAACGCCCAUCCUCCCACCUUCCUCCCCUCCCGCUGACACGUCUGACUCUGCUCCCAUGGCCCGCUCGCGUAGUACUCGCAACAAAGAGAAGUCCAACGGCGGCUCGCACGCCUCCUCCGAAUCCAACGCUCCCUCCGCCGGAUCCAAAGUGUCGCAUAAGAAACGCGGCUCGGUUGUAUCCGCCACUGUUCCAGCACCCCCUGCUACUGCUGCUCCUCCAAGCCCGACGAAACCGCCACCACCACUACUCCAACCAGACGAAGGGUCGGAGCCCGAGGACGACGCACCCCACAGCAGCGAGCCGGGCGACUUAUCAGAUGAUAUAGACGUCGACGAUGAAGCGGGCGAGGAGCGAUAUUGUUUCUGCAACGGCGUGAGCCAUGGGCAGAUGAUUGGAUGUGAUAACGAUGAUUGCCCGCGCCAGUGGUUUCAUUGGGAAUGUGUCGGCAUCAAGAAGGCGCCGCCGGACAAAACAAAAUGGUACUGCGACGACUGUCGUAAGGCGAUGAACAAGAGCAGGCCGGGAAGCAGUCGCGCCUAGCUAGCUCACGAUACGACAUACACGAUCGCCGGGCAUUAGCCAGGUCAUAUACGCUCUUUGUUUUUUUGCAUAACCCGGAGUUUCACACACGCUAGGACGGUUACGCUAGGACGGAUGUACUGGGACGGGUUCAUUCGGUUCAGACGAUACUCAGAUGCUUGGAGUUUGGAAACAGAAAAAAUUCAGAACGCGAAAAUUUCGUGGUCUGCGUUGUUUUGUUAUUAGAAGUUAUUGACUGUGGUGGUGGGCAUGCUAAUGUAUGCGA